CUAGACGAAAAUGAGAGAUGAGUUCGCUGUGCUGGGGGCAGUUCCCGCGCACUCAGAGCGAUCGAAAGACGACAUGAAAUACAGUACUGAAUUGAACCGUUGGUUCCUGACACCGAUCGGUAUCUGGCCAACUCGAAGUGAUACUCACAUUAUCGAGAAAAUCUUGUCCGAGUUCCUAGUCUUUCUCUCUUGUUUUCUAAUUUGUUUCCAGCUGGUGCCCUGUCUUCUCCAUACUUUCAUAAAGGAGCAAAAUCCUAAGCUCAAGAUGAAAAUGAUUGGCCCGUUGAGUUUUGGCUUUAUGUCUAUCAGCAAGUACCUCUUCAUGGUCGCAAGGAAACAAGAAAUCGGCUAUUGUCUUGAGCACAUUGAUGUCGACUGGAGGAGGGUCGCAUAUCUGGAUGAUCGAGAGAUUAUGCUGAUGAACGCCAAACUGGGUCGCUUCAUCGCUUGGCUGUGUGCAGCUUUUAUGUACGGAGGGGGUCUCUUCUACCACACGGUCAUGCCCUUCGCAGCUGGAAGUUUCGUCACACCUGACAACAUCACCAUUCGACCCUUGGUUUACGCUAUUUACGAUCCUCUCUUCUCCGCGCAGACAACUCCGUCGUAUGAGAUUGUUUUCACGAUUCAGUGCUUCUCUGGAUUUGUUGUCGACACUGUUACCAUUGGAGCUUGCAGCCUUGCCGCUGUCUUCGUGCUUCACAUAUGUGGACAGCUCAAGAUUGUGAGGUCAAGGUUGGAGAGUUUUGUCAAAGGAAGGAUAUACGAAAGAAAAAAUGUGGAGGGUCGAAUGGCUGAGAUUAUCGAACUUCAUUUGCGAGCUCUUGGGUUCGUCGUUCGUGUCGAGGGAAUUCUCACUGAAGUUUGUUUCAUUGAGUUGGUUGGCUGCACUAUGAACAUAUGUUUUCUUGGAUACUACUUCAUGACGGAGUUUGACCAGAAUGCAGCAAUAGGCACAAUUACCUACUGCAUUCUCCUAGUAUCUUUCAUCUUUAAUAUCUUCAUAUUCUGCUACAUAGGUGAAACGCUGACCCAACAGGAGGAUAAAGUCGGUAGAACAGCGUACAUGAUCAAAUGGUAUGAAUUACCUCCUAAAAGUGCAAGGGAUCUAAUUUUUCUUCUAGCUAUGACGAAAACUCCAAUUUGCAUCACAGCUGGAAAAAUGGCGGAAUUAUCGUUUCAGAGUUUUAGUGGAGUAUUAAAAACUGCAGCGGCGUAUUUGAAUCUUCUACGAACACUUCUAAUGUAAUUCAAUGUUUAAUCGAAUAUAUAUUGUUCAGUCAUUGCCGCUUACAA